GCUACUAAAAGGCGAGAGAGACGAGCAGCGGCUCGCUGGCUUGCUUCUCGUCACCAAGUUCACUAAAAGUGACGAUCUUGUUUCCCUUAAAGCUAUCUACGAUGCUGUUGGACCUCACUUUUUGGACCGCCUCUUAAGGACCGGGUUAGGCAAAGGUGUGGUGAGUAGUGGUAAUGGUGAAAACCGAGAUGCCUAUUAGCAGCUGUCGGUUACGGUUCUAUCUGCGUUUUGUUAAGUUCUUGAGAUUGCUUCUUCAAAAGAAAUGGUAUCAAAGAUUCCAAUGGUUUUGGAAGUAAUGUCAAAGGAAUCAGGCUUACCUGUGCUGGAAGAAAGCUAUGAAUUUUUGUACUUGGUGUCAGCUGCUUCUGAGGAUGGGAUAACCGCAGUGUACGAGUGUGGAGGGAUGACUUCACUUGCUGGUCAAAUGUCCGCUUUGUCAGAUGGGUCUCAUUUGAUGGAACUUGCCAUGAAGGUUUUACAAAUGAUGCUAAAGAAGCUUUCUCAAGGCAUCAUUGAAAAUGACCAUCUUUCUGAGUUAUCAAUCGUUGUGGCAGAAGUAGCAAGACAAUUUGCUCUCCUACAAAGUGCCUUAAAGUUUGAAGCACUUCACUUAUUGUCUGCCAUCUUCUCUUCAGAAUAUUCGACAUUACUUCAUGAUGCACUCCGUGUUAUUCCAAAUGAGAACUGGUCAAAUCAUAUACGUGAUGGUGUUGCAAAAAUUUUACAGAACCGUGUUGCACCUGCUGAAAAUUUUGAGGCCCUUAUUCUAGCUGAAUCCAUGGUAUCUAUAAAGGGUGAAGGUUGGUUGAUUGGUCAGAUAAACUUGCCUAAUGUACAGGUCCCUAUUCCAGCUGACAGGUGUCUAUUGCUUGUCUUGGAGUCUUCAAGGGUUGAAGUUACUGUUUUGCUGAAUGAUCUAGCCUACACAAAAUAUGCAGCUUCUAAGAGUUCUUCUUCAUCAACAGCUGAAACUAUAAUUUCAAAGCAACAGAAAGUGACUACUGUCUUUUCCUUGGUGGAGAAGAUAAUAAAACUGAUAUCAAACAUUGGUGAAACUGAAGGGAACCCUAUUGAUGAAAGUACUUUCAUAAAGGUGAUCAAUGGGCUUAAUGAGACAAUUGGUGUGGUUCUUGAAUAUCUAGAAGAUGCGAAGGAACAUGGGCAAAAAGUAGGAAAUGAUCUUCUCGCUUCAGUACGUCUUGUUGGGAGCUAUCUUGCAGAAACACCCAUUGCAUGCAAAGAUAAAAUCGAGGAACUUUUGGGGUAUAUGCUUUCAGUUGAAGGUGAAGAUGAUUCAAGUCCAUUUUACUCUCUAUGCUUUCUGCUACCAAUGUUGUGUCAAAUGACUUUGGAAAUUGAAGGAUGCAAACUUUUGGCCUCUUCUGGAGGUUAUAAAGCUGUUGUGGACUGCCUCAUAAAGUUGAUAAAGCAGAACAGACAUGGGGUUGAGGAUAAUGAUUGUGUUUUCUUGGCGUGUGAUACAAUUUUGAAUUUUCUUUUAAAGAGAGAGCGAUUUCCCUUUCCAGAGGAUGAAUCAACAUUUUUUAAUCUUUUGAAGGCACUGGCACUUUGGACAGAGAAAACUAAUGACCAAUCUAUUGUCAUGAUGGCUUCAAGUAUUUGCUCACUGAUAUUUGAUUUGACAUCCGAAAAUGAUCUUUUGAAUCAUCCUGGUUUUAGUAUCAGCUGUCUUGAUAGCCUGUCACGGCUCGUUGCAAGAAGCUUGGCUUCAUGGGGACAGGGUAUGUCUGAUGUUGCUAAAGCAGACAUGGAUCUUCUAGAGAUUGUUACUGCAGGAUAUUCUCGAUGGGCUGAUCGAUUCCCUCAAAUACGAAAAGCAGUUGAGGAAUAAUUCAAUUGACGUAGCCACUUAUUAGUUUCCUUGAAGGU